UAAACCCUUCUUCCCCAACAUCUCUCUAAUCCUCUCCGAUCACCACCACUACCACCACCACCACUAAAGCACCUUCUUAAAUAAUACCGUAUAUAAUUUAUUAUUCACAAAAUUCCUCAUUUAUUACCUAAAAAAUACCCUUCAAUCCAAAAAAAAAUUCAUUAAAAAAGGAAUAUUAAUGGUGGUGGUGGUUUUGGGAGAGAAAGAGUAUCUUUUUGCAUUUCAAUUACAAUAAUCAUUUGAGAGAGAAUGAGUACCAAUUACAAUAAUCGGAAAUCAAUGGAAUCUCAAUUUCUUAUCCACUUAUAAAUACUCUAAUGGCGUAACAAUACUCAGGAAUUUCAAUCUGCACAACAAUCAUCUGUGAAGCCAUCUCUUACCUUUUAAUCUACCUAACUAAUUCCUACAAAUCCCUAAAAUUCACCAUUGACAAAUCUUAAGAAAAAUAAAAACAAUGAAAACCCUAGAAUCAUCUUCCUCCAAAAAGAAAGAUUGUUCAAUGGCGUUUCUUUACAUGCUUUGUUCAAUUAGUAUUCUUACUAAUUUGCAGAAGUUUCUGGGUUUGCUCCUCCUCGUGCUGCUUCUGGGUUUAAUCAAAAAACUAGUUAGAAAAAAGGAUAGUUCUUUUUUUUUUUGUGUUUAUGUUUGUGAUUUUGAUCUACUGUCUACUAAUAAAUUGGUCCAAGUGAAUCCAUUGUAGUUUUUGGGUUAGAUUUAGAAUUCAUCAAUGUAAUAGUAUAUUUGAAUCUUAGCUUUGAGUUUGUGAGUUUAAUUAUUUGUACCGAUUUGAUUAUAUGGAUUGGUUGAAGUACAGAGAGUACAAUUUUGUCAAAUUUUGAGGGGUAUUGGGGUGGGAAAAUGUUGGUGUUGGGGUGGGAGGAUGGUGGUGAUUGGCGAGGGGUAGAGGGAGGUUGGAGAAAAGGAUUUAAUUGGGGUAAUUGGGUAAUUAGGUUAGCUUAAUAAAUUUAAUCGAAAGUUAAAGGUCAUUUAGCAUGGUCAACCGUUAUUUAACAGGUCAUCAGGUGAAGUGACUAUAUUGAUAUCGUAUUUGAUAAUUUGAAGGCCGUUAUUUGUAAAAAGAAAUUUGAAGUUGUUUAUUCUAAAAUGCUCGAUCACAUGAUAAGCUGGAAGAACUUAUAAAAAAUUUCUGGCUCGUUCAAUGGCAAGAUCAAAGCCACUACUAAUAUAUGCAUCUUAAUGCUGUCAAUUUCAGAUAAUUUGAUGUUAUUAUGUAGUGUUUAUAAUUUCUAUUUUUUCGUUUGUUCAGGAAGAUGAAACGAAGUAUAUUUUAUCUGUUCGAGGAUUCGACACCGUGCUGUCUGAAGGAGAAAACUCUGGCAUUAAUUGCAUUGCUACUACUAUAUAUUGUUCAUCUUCCUUCCAUUUUGUACUAAAAUAUGCCCCUUUUCAACCAGGAAGAAACUAAAUGGAAGUUUCAGAAAUUGCUAGGAAAAGUAACAAGGGAAUUAGGGCUGAAAGGAUUCCUUUGUCUGUGUACUUGGCUAAAAAUAUGGAGAACAACUCUGGUUAUCAGGUAGAUUUAAUAAAAGUUGAUUCAAAAUCUUACGAUAGCCUUGUCACUCAAAAAGAUAGGAACAAAGAGAACAAGGCCAUCCUUUCAAAGUGGACAACAUAUAAGUUAUGCAGAGACCUGGCAGUAGACUUGGAAGAGUUACCACUCCUACAGUUGAAGUCUUUGUUGAUGAAGAAUGUGAACAAGGCAGAACAGUACUAUAAAUUAAAAGAACUCAUGCGAACUUCACGUAAGGAUUUCAUGAAAGAAGCUUUAGACUUGUCAUGAUUCAAAUUCUUAAUAUAAUCGCACAUGAUCAAAAUGAUUCAAUUGUUCUGUCCUCAGAUAAUAAGAUGUACUACCAUAAGAAUUGUUCAUCGUCUUGUAGCCUGGGAUUUUUGUUACCCCUUAAAGAACAUCGAUGACACUUUCAUACAGGUUGCAUCUUUGAUUAUCGGUUUUUUGCAGUCGUUAAUGCAAGACUAGAAUCAAACAAUAUUUAUAACACCCUAAACAUUACACAUAGCAUAGCACGAAUAGGGAAUCGAACCACGAAGACAAGAGAUGCUAGACUCUAAGCUUGAUGUAGGAAGGUUUAUAUGAUUGGUUGAGUGUUGAACUAAACUAAUAAGGAGGAAAAUAAAACAAGACUAAACAAUGUAAAGCAAUGAAAGGCAAACGAGGAUAGAUUAGGUCCACCGUAGGAUGGUCAAUUUGCACAAAAGAUAAGCUAGGUCAAUGAAGAUCAAACAAUAACCAAUCAUGAUACUCAUGAUAACGAGAUGAAGUUGAUGACCUCACAAGUCACUCGAACGACCUAUAAUCGCCUUAUGCCUCCCAAGGAGUGGUUGAACUAGAUUUGUAUCGAGUGUCAACAACAAGCAUCAUCAGCCUCAAACCCUAAUGUAUACAAUGAAGAACAAGACUAUACCUAGGGCUUCACUAAUCAAAACCCCUAGGAAACUACUCACUCACAUCUAAACCAACUAGGACAAAAGCAAUAAACAGAGGAAGCAUGACAAACUAUUCUAACAAAUCAUAUAAGAUGAACAAGAGCAAUAAUGAAAGCAAUGAAAACAAUAACUGAAAGCAUUAAAUGACUUGAAUGAAAUAGAGAAAUAAAACAUACAUAAAUAAAAAUGCUUGAAUGAAAUAGAGAAAUAAAACUUACAUAAAUAAAAAUGCUUGAAUGAAAGAAAGCUUGAAUCCAAUACAAUGCUUGAAAUAAAGAUCUAAACUAAAGAGCUUGAAUGUAGAAGAAAGCAAUAAAGAAAGCUUAAAUGGAAAUCAUUAAAGGAAAGCUUAAAUCUAAUCCAGGGCAUGAAAAUAAAGAAAAGCAAUAAAGGUUUGAUGUUCUAAGGCGAGGCACAAUAGACUCUCACAAUAGGCAUAGGGCUUAUAUAGAAAAUGGGGGUCUAUAUACCCUAACAACAAAGGGUUUUAAAUGCCCCAAAAUAGCCUUGAAGGCUGGCAUUUGCUGCUUAUUAGAUGUUAUAUAAGUUGGCAUUAGUUAUUUUGUUGCUAAUUAAGUUGGCAUUAGAUUUUAUAUAUGUUGGUUAGAUUU